AUGUCGCGCACAUUGCCGACCAGAAAGUUUCACACGUUCGGCUGGGAAUGGACGAUGAACCCGGGGGCGUUCAAUAUUAAGGAGCACGUACUGGUAUCCAUCUUUGCCACGGCAUCGUCAGGCUCACCAUAUGCGAUCGACGUAGUGACGAUUAAGAAGAUCUGGUACAAGAGCGACCUGGGCUUUAUUGCCAGCCUGCUGUUCAUACUGACAUCGCAGAUGAUGGGGUACAGUUUUGCCGGCCUGACAAGAAAGUUCCUCGUGUACCCAGCAGCGAUGAUCUGGCCAUCCACUCUGAUCAGCGUCACCUUGUUCCGCACCUUCCACGAGAUCCAGAACUUUGGCAGCCGGAUGACGCGCACAAAAAUGUUCUGGAUGUGUUUCACAAUCAGCUUUUUCUGGUACUUUGUGCCUAACUUUAUUGCGCCCGCGCUCAGCUACAUUGCCAUCAUGUGCUAUAUUGCGCCCAACAACGUUAUUGUGCAUCAGCUCAGUGACGCGUAUAACGGCCUGGGCGUGAUGAACUUUACGCUGGACUGGUCGACAAUCUCGUCUAACAUGGGGUCGCCGAUUGCAUACCCGUGGGCGAUGGCCUGCAACCUUUUCACCGGCUUUGUCAUUCUAAUGUGGAUAAUCACGCCCAUCGGCUACUACACAAACACCUGGGGCACCGGCAACCUGCCCAUAUACACAGCGCACCUGUACAAGAUUAACGGAUCAGCCUACGACAUUAGCCAGAUCAUGACUUUGGACCAGAACCUUGAUGAGGCCAAGUACGCAGAGUACGGGCCGGUGCGUAUGACAUUCCAGUUUGCCAUCUCGUACGGAAUUGGGUUUGCGGCAAUCAUCACUCUGCUUGUGUACAUUGGCUUGCAUUACGGGCCCGAGAUCUACCAGCGCAUGCGCGAGUCGCGCAACAUGGACGAGGACGUGCACAUGAAGAUGAUGCGCAGCUACGAUGAAGUGCCGCACUGGUGGUACAUUACCUUGUUUGUCAUUACGUUCUCCACGUCUAUUGUUGUCUGCGAGGUUUACCAUAUGAUGCCCUGGUACUGGGUAAUCCUAUCGAUCAUUGUACCCUUUGUGUUCACCAUUCCGAUUGGCAUAAUCACGGCCAUUUCGAACCAGCAACCCGGAUUAAACAUCAUCACCGAGUUUAUCAUUGGCUACGGCAUGCCCGGUAACCCGAUCGCCAACGUGACAUUCAAGGUGUAUGGGUACAUCACCAUGGUGCAGGCGCUCAACCUUGUGGGCGACCUCAAACUGGGCCACUACAUGAAGAUUCCGCCGCGGCAUAUGUUCAUCGUGCAGCUCGCCGGCACCCUCUUAGCAUCGUUCAUUGAGCUGGCCGUGGCGUACUGGCUGAUGAACUCGGUCAAGAACAUCUGCACACCCGAGGGCUACCCAUUCACGUGUAUUUCCGCCAACACCUUUUACUCUGCAUCCGUGCUCUGGGGGCUCAUCGGGCCCGGCAAACUCUUGGGUCAUCCAGCCCCUACCACCCAAUGCUCUACAUGUUUUUUAUCGGUGCCUUGCUCCCCAUCCCCGUAUGGUACCUUCAACGGAGAUAUCCCGGAAGCGCCUGGAACGGAUAUUUUGGUGGAUAGUCAAAUCGUACCAAGGAUGAUCCCUCGCAAUAUGCUUGAGCAUACCCUGAAACGUUUCUGCCUCAAUACUACAAAAAGCGCACUCAUAGUUAUCCUGCGUAAACCUAUGCUUAUUAUCGAGCACAUUGUUGUAUAUGGAAGUUCGCGCAGGGUCUCUACUAUUGCUACUGUUGUCUAUGCUGCUGCCCUUAAUGCUACUGCUUCCCAUGUGGAUGCUGCUGAUGCCACUGCCGCCACUACUACUGCCGUUGCUGUUGCUACGAGGCCGUCCCCGCGAGUAAAACCCAUUUGUGUUGGAUGA